AAUACGUUUAGCAGCUGCCUGCACAUUGUCGCUAUGGCAGGGCUAAAUUUUGGUGUUUUACGGUGGGUGAUCAUAAUGACAUGUAUAUGGAGCUCAGCAUCAAAACCAAGCAGUUUUGCAAAUGAGAAACCACAAAGCGAUGCGGUUACUGCUAGCUGGUUUAGAAUGUUUAAUGCCAAAUUUCGACUUUUGGAAAGAAAAAUAGAUUUGGAUUUUAAAAUCUUAGGUCAAACUCUAAGAGAAGAGCUUAAAGGCAGGCCAGGUGGCGGGGGUGGACCACGUUUGCCGAACAAUGACGGAUUGGAAGAGGCUAUUUCUCAACUCAAAUUUGAAAUUCAAACACUACAAAUUGAUAUGAAGCAAAUGGCAUCAAAUCAGUUGCGGUUUGAAGCAAAUUUCUUGUCUUCUUUGGAGAAUAGCACUGUAACACUGCAGAACAAGUUUAGUGAUGUUUCCGAAGUGUUGGAGGCAGUAUCGAACAAUGUUGAAAGUUUGAACAAUUCUAUCUCCAUGUUAUCUGAUACCAUGAACAACCUUGCUGAAAAAGACAGGGUGACCACACCAGCACCAACACCAAUUGAGCCUGGCACACUGCGUCUGGCUGAUGGUCCUUCGAUGAUGGAGGGACGUUUGGAGAUGUUCUACAAUGGAGAAUGGGGAAGCGUAUGUGGGAAAGAUUUCAGUCUCAACGAGGCUAUAGUUUCCUGUAAACAGAUGGGUUUUAGACCUGAGAGUUAUAGAUUCGGCUACAUGGUUGGGACGGGACCAGUAUGGGGUCCAUUCGGUUGUUCGGAGGCUAGGACGGAGAACAGACUAUUGGACUGUCGUAAUGAUAUUGAUAACGGUGAAACGGUUUGUAAUCAUGGACAAGAUGUGUGGUUGGUCUGUGUGCCGGAUACGGGAACUACCACUCCAAGUGCAGCUGAGGGUGACGUCCGUCUGAUCAACACCAAGGACGGUACUAUCGGCGCAGGUAGAGUUGAGAUCUAUCAUGAAGGAGUUUGGGGAACUGUGUGUGAUGACCAGUUUGAAGAGGAUGAUGCACGCGUGGUAUGUCGGCAGUUAGGAUACAGCGGUGAAGCUAGAGUUUUUACAGAAGCUUAUUACGGCCAAGGCAAUGAUCCUACCUGGAUGGAUGACAUCAACUGUAAUGGCGGUGAAGAUAGGUUAGCCGACUGCAGUUUCGCCGGGUGGGGAGAAGAGGACUGUUCUCAUGGCGAGGAUGUAGGGGUUCAAUGUACAUCCUACGGUACAACAACGUCUACAUCAACUACAACUCCUCCUGAUAUAGAGGGACGAAUCCGACUAGUUAAUGGUAACAGCCGUUACGAGGGCCGAGUGGAGGUGUUCCAUAACGACGUGUGGGGUACAGUGUGUGACGACAGUUGGGACAACCGUGACGCUGCUGUUGUCUGUCGACAACUAGGAUACAGGAGGCGUCACGAGAGUACGUUUGGUAGGAGGAUCAAACGAGCGUGA